AUCAACAUAAAUUUCUGGAAGUUUGGCUUCCUCCUAGAGAAAAGCAACAAUGAAUUAACAGAAACAGCGAGAGAGACGAGAAAGAUAGAAAAAAGACGCAGGAUUCUCGUUCUCCACAUAUCUCUCUCUCUUCCUUCUUCCUUCUUCCUCUGCCCGCCACCGCCACUUCUCGGGAUAGUCUCCUCUCCCUUCCAAUUGAUCUUCCUUUUAACCCUUCCCAUUCUUCUUCUUCUUCUUUCAUUUUCUCCCACUUCUCCAUUUCCUUUCAAUCUCGUUACGCAUUGUUCUUCACCUGAUUUGAGACUACAUUUCUAACCCCAGACGAAUCCAUCUCCAUCGUCAUCACCGUUUCCUCUUCCAGAUGAUGGUGGGUUCAAAUUUAAUUCGUACUAUUUGAACAUUGGCCGGAAACGAAAACCGCAGAGCCCAGAAACAGGGGAAUAGGGGGAAAACCAAAACAGAGCAUCUAACAUUCCUCUGGUUUUGGGAAAACUUACAUCAUCUCUUAUCAUUAUAUACUUAGAGGUACAUUUCUAGAAUAAAUGGCGGUGAUAGAAUCGUUGCUGGGAAAUGAAGCAAGGAGAUUCAUCAAGAGGAAAGACAGUGACGCUGGCGAAACAGGCCGAGCUCUAGAAGAACUGAGAGGCACGCUGUACAACGAUCUUCGAACCUCGGAAGGAGCAAAGAGGCAGCAGCAGAGGUUCUGCGGGCCGCUCGUAGCUAUGACAUUCAAUUUCGUGGUGUCCAUAGGGAUAAUCAUGACCAACAAAGUUGUAAUGGUGAAAGUGGGAUUCAAUUACCCAAUACUCCUGACAUUGAUCCACUACGCAGUAGCAUGGGUGCUGCUAGGGAUAUUCAAGACACUGGCAUUGCUCCCAGUCUCGCCUCCUUCCAAGUCCACUCCUUACACUUCCAUAUUCUCCCUGGGGGUCGUCAUGUCGUUCGCUUCUGGCCUCGCCAAUGCCAGCCUCAAUCACAACAGCAUCGGGUUCUAUCAAAUGGCGAAGAUUGCAGUCACGCCUACCAUUGUGUUUGCAGAGUUCAUUCUCUUCAACAAAACCAUCUCUCGCAACAAGGUAGUGGCGCUGGGUGUGGUGUCAGCAGGUGUGGCACUUGCUCAAGUGACAGAUUUGCAGUUCAACUUCUUUGGAGCUUGCAUAGCCGUCGCCUGGAUAAUUCCAAGCGCGAUCAACAAGAUUCUGUGGUCGAAUCUGCAGCAACAAGCCAACUGGACCGCCCUCGCGUUGAUGUGGAAGACGACGCCAGUAACGGUGCUGUUCCUGCUAGCACUGAUGCCAUGGCUGGACCCGCCAGGUGCUCUGUUGUUCAAGUGGGAUAUCCAAAACUCAUCUGCUAUUCUAAUGUCAGCUCUACUUGGCUUUCUCCUCCAAUGGUCUGGUGCUUUGGCCCUCGGGGCAACAUCUGCGACUUCUCAUGUAGUGUUGGGACAGUUCAAGACGUGCAUGAUCUUGAUAGGCGGGUAUCUACUGUUUGAGUCGGAUCCCGGGUUUAUCAGCAUCUGUGGAGCGAUUGUAGCGCUUGGAGGGAUGUCGGUUUACACUUCGCUCAACUUGAGGGAGACCAAAAAAGAGAGCUCCGGCCCACAUCAGAAGCAGACGUUGCCACUGUCAAAGCCAAAGACAGAGCUGGAACCAACUCCUGAGGAGACCUCUGAAGAUGUUGAAACCCUUUCUCUGUUGUCUUCCAAUGCUGUAUGAAAAUUAAUUUCAGCCGUAGAAAGAAGACAGAGACAGAGAGAUAGUAAAUAAAAUAAUGUACACUAACAGUAGCCUGUCCUUGAGACUACCUCACAAAGAGGCAUCUUCAUUGUUGGGAAUUUUGUUCGAGUGAAGGAAAAACCAUGUACAGAAUUACUCACAUAUUUUUCUCUCAUAGGAGCUUACCGCAACAUAAAGGUCGAGUUUUUCAAAUUAUACGACUCCGUACUUCAUAUCAUAAU